UGUGUUGAAUUAGCAUCUGACUCACCACAGGUUUUUGUGUGGCCCGAGCUCCGCCUACAAAAAGAUGCAAAUGAACCUCAACAGGUUUCAUUUUACACCCGGAGGCAAAGAGCAGCAGUCAUUGGAUCAUGGGCGCUCGUUUGCAAUGAAAACCAGCCGAUAUGCAGUUGUCAGCUGAGAGAGGUUAACAAAAGGAUCAGUCAACCGCUCAUUGCCGCCAUCGCUCCUGCUGAUGCUGCUGCCAUGGCUAUCGCAGACCUUCUAGGAGUCCAAUUCGACAUGCAGCUGCUGCUCAAAAUUAGUCUUUCUGUGGUGACAGUGCUUCUGGUGUCACUGGCCUACAGGUUCUACAAUUCUAGGGGCACGCAGGAAAUUCCAGUCCAGCAUCACGAAGAACCGCAGACUUGCCAAAGAUGCAAGACGACCCUGCUGGCUGAUGGCACUGAUGAUAAUCUACUUGGACCUUUGCUCACUUAUGAUCCAUCAUCUGACAACGGCAAGGAAACACCAAUAGAAGCUAAUCCAGCCCAGGAGGCAUGUAGCCUGUCACACAGUGAUCAAUAUUUUGGCGAAGAAGCAAUAAUAUCUUCAUCCAGUGACAAUACUCUUGACCUUCCUGAACCAGUAACGACUGGGCUAGCAAGUACAAAAGCCCGACGCUCUCCUUGCUUUUUAAAGAAGUUGGAGGGCGGUUUGGGCGUGGGCAGGGAGCUAAGGCAGGACUUGGAGCGACAUGGUGUCUACUCCAGCUUCCUCUCCAAGGCAGAGAUUAAGGUGGAGGACGCUAAACUGACGAUGUACCGUUCAGGAGACCAGGUAGUGCAAGGAAAAAUAUAUGAAUGCUAUGUGGAAACCUCUUCUCACUUUACCAGAGACCCAAACACAGUGUUGGAUCAGAAUGAAAGCAUAUCUGAGUCGCAACGAGCAGAGAUCGGAAGCCGUAGCAGCACCCUCACAGAUUCCCCUGUUUCUGUGGACCCUGACAUUACUAAGGAACCCUCCUUCCUCGGGAACACAAAUCUGAGGCCCUCCACGACAUGUGGACCUCUACGCAAACAGAGCUAUCUAGCUGCUGCAGCACAGUCGGAGCUGCCAAAUCCAGUUCCUCCCUCUAUUAGCUCAACCAACGCUGGUCCACUGUUGAUCAGUCCUUCUACAAACAAUAAAUGCCACAAUGUGAGCAAACGGUCUGAUCUAGAAGCUGUAGUAGGGAGUGGUCUGGUGUACCGUUCAGAUUUGGAAAGCCUCAAAAGUCAACUGGAUCUGGGGAACUGUUUAGAGGCACUGUUUUUGGCCAAAAAACACGACCACAGGUCAGUAGUGCAAGCAGCCAUUGAAGUUAUGUCCGACAACUACCUGCAGGUACUACUGGAUCCUGACCUUUAUGGGCGGCUUACUGAUGCCGAGCGGGAACUAAUCAGGAGGCAGAGAACAAGAGGGAGAAGAUUCAUCACGGCGGCAGAUAUGGACCCCCAAGACUGGUCGAGGAACAGCAAGAUGUUGAAAAGAAACUUGAGUGCUGUGUACUACUAUGACGACUAUGGAAACACCUGGCACAAACUUUGCUCUAUUCCACAGGAAGUCAUCAGCAAAGCCUGUGCCAUGUGCACGAUGGAUAACUACCUUUUUGUUGCCGUGGGCUGCCAAAGCACCGAGAGUGAAAUGACACCUUCCAAGCGAGUGUUUUGCUACAAUCCUCUCACAGCCAUUUGGAAGGAGAUCAGCCCCAUGAAUGAAGCCAGGCCCCGUUGCAAACUUGCCGCACUGGAUGGCUACAUCUACGCCAUUGGUGGGGAGUGCCUCACCUCGGUGGAGCGCUACGACCCGCGAUCAGACAGAUGGGCCUUUGUGGCGCCUCUGCCUAACGAUACGUUCGCCGUGGCUCAUCACGUGACCGUGUGCAACGGCGAGCUGUUUGUGUCCGGCGGUAGUCUCCGCUACAUGCUUCUGCGCUACAGCCCCAAGAGCGACACCUGGAGGGGGAGUCUGAUGAUGGGCGUCAAAGACAGGACGGCAGACAUCGUGGCCGUGGGACCCUUUCUGUAUCGCUUUGAGGUCAACCCUCUACUGGGGGUCAGCGUAUAUCGCUACCACACCGUGGCCCGACUGUGGUACGAGUGCGGAACCAAACGCCUCCGCCACUGUCCCGCGUUCCAGUGCGUGGCGAUGGACGACGUCGUCUAUUGUGUCAGCCGUCACUUCACCUUGAGGUUUGAGGCCGAUGAGAUCGCUCCAGCUUUCUCUGACGAUGAUUUGAGCGUCCCCUCUGGAGCCAAGGGCCUGCUUUUCCCCUUUGUACUGUCGCUCCCCGAUGAGAGCCCUCGGCAGACCAGCGUGUAGUAGUAGUUUAGAAUGAUGAUAACAUUCUGCCUGCAAGCACACACAAGUUCUCCAUCAGCUUGCUUUUUGACCAUGGCCAUAGCUAGCUUUGAGGUUACCCUAAGUUUUAGACCUUGGUCAAAUAUAUCCGUCUCACACUGAAACAGUA